CACACUCACUUGAACCACUGUCACACAAGAACAACACCGGCACAACAUGGCAGAUACUGCUGUCGACACCGGCAUGGACGGUCCCGAGGGCGAGACGCCGAAUCAGAGGCAGGCACGCCUGCGUCGAGAGAAGCGCCAAAAAAAGAUGGCCGAGCAAGGCGAAGACCGACUGGCAAAAAUUAAAGCCUUGAACGGAGGUGUUGCGCCGCCAGACGAAGUGCUCGGAGGGCCGGCCCAAGCACCCAAAAUCGCGAGCGUGGACGACGAUCCAGAGGAAGUCGACAUCAGCCAACCUGGCAGUUUCGCGCCGACACCGAGCCGUACGCCGAACCCAAAGCAAGAUCCUCUGGCUGCAGCGAUGCUUGAGAUACAACAACAACAACAGCAGGGCCAAGGAGGAGCCGCGGGCGGGGAGGAUCCCAUGAUGAGGAUGAUGCAACAGUUCAUGGGAGGCAUGGGAGGCGACCCGAACGACCCCAAUGCACCACAGGACCUCCCGCCAAUGCUCAAAGCCAUGAUGGGCGGAGGACAACCACAGGAAGCAGCCCCAACCCCAGGAUCAGCCUACAUGUGGCGCAUCGUGCACGCUGUCUUCGCAUUUGGCCUGGCAUUCUACAUCUGUCUAACGUCCACCUUCAACGGCACUAAGCUUGCGCGGAGCUCGAAUGUCUACACAGAAGAUGAUGGCUAUGGUCUCGGUCCUCGUUUGUUCGUCAUUUUCACCUCUGCAGAACUGGUACUGCAGAGCACAAGGUAUUUCGUGGAGAGGGGCCAGCUUCAGGGCGGCGGCAUGUUCGCUUCCAUUGUGAACAGCGGAAUCAUCCCUGAGCCGUAUGCGAAUUACAUUCGUGUCGCUGGGAGGUACAUCACCAUCGCCCGGACCAUUUUCACGGACGUCAUGGUUAUCGUCUUCGUGUUGGGUUGCAUGGCGUGGUGGAAGGGCUUAGGCGCAGAAGCAUAGCGUCGGCCGUCGCGUUCGCCUUCACUUCAUAGUCCCGUAAUUGUACACGAAGUACA